AUGAAUAAUUAUAAUGGUAGAAAAAUAUUUUCAAAUUUAGAAAAAAAACCAGAUAUGAAUGAUAUGCUUAAAAUAAAGAAAUCGAGAGCAGAGAAGAUAUUUGCUUUUGACCCAUCAGGUGAGAAUAAUAAUAUUAUAACAAAUGAUAAGUAUAUGAAUAAUGUAAAUAGGAAUAUAGAUGUAGGAAAUGAAAAGAUGUAUAGUUAUAAUAUGAAGGAUAUAAAUAAAAAACAUCUUUUAAAAAAUGAUACAUAUAAUAAUAAUAAUGAUUUUAAUAAUAACGAUUUUAAUAAACAAAUAUAUUAUGAUAAACAUAAUGGUAAUGAAAAAAAUUAUAUGAAAAUAAAAAAUAUGAAUGAUAAUAAAAAUAAUUAUGUAGAUAAAAAUUAUUUUGAUGAAAAUAAUAUAAUAAAAGAUAGAUCAAAAUUUAGAAGAUUAGAGACAUUCAACGAAAAUGACAAGAUUAACAAUGCAUGUGCAUAUAAUGAUGUGAAUGAUAAUAUAAAUGAUAAUACAAAUAAUAAUAUAAAUAAUAAUACAAAUAAUAAUAAUAAUAAUAAUAAUAAUCAAAAUAGUAAUAUUCAACAAAAUUAUAAUGAAUAUAAAAUAACAAAUAAUAAUGUGGAGGCUUAUCCAAACAAUGUUAAAUUAAAUUAUGAGUAUAAUAAAAAAAACAAUGAGAAUUAUCAUUCAUAUGAUAAUUAUGAGAAAUAUAAAAAUUUUAAUCAAAGGAAUGUAGGAUACACAAAAAAUAAUGAACCCAAUAUGAAUUUUAAAUAUUCUAGAAUUAAUAGAAUCAACGGCAAUUAUAUUUCUCCUACAGAUUCAAGAAGUAUUAUGAUAUCUAAAAAAAUGUCUUCAACAUUUCAUAUGAGGGAUAAAAUGAAUGCUCCUGUUGCUUACGAUUUAAAUGAUAAUGAAGAUAAUAUGAAUAAUAUUAAUAAUAUGAACACACUAAAUAGUAAUAAUAAUAAUAAUAAUAGUGGUAUUAUUAAAGAUGAUACUAAUAAAUCUAUCAACAACAAUAUAGCAAACGUGGAUUUAUUAAAAAAUGAUAGCGUUACUAAAGAUAGUUUAAAUAACGAUGAGUUUUUAGAAAAUAAUAUGGAGAAACAUGAUAUGGCACUUAAUACAAAUAAUGAAUUUGGAAGAAAUAAAAAUAUGAAUAAAAAGAAUAUGAUGAUGAAUCAAAAUAAUUUAUAUAUACCACACGAUAAACAAAUCGGAAGUGUUGUAAAAUAUAUUGUAGAUGAUAAGAAUACUAAUAUGGAUGAAGAAAAAAUUAGUUCUAAUCAUAUGAUGAAGUAUCACAAUUAUGUUAAUCACAAUAAAGAAAGAGCAAAUAUAACAAAUAAUAAUAAUAUGAACAAUAAUAUGAAUAAUAAUAACAAUGUAGCAGAUAAUGAAGGUAAUAGAAAAAAGGAAUAUCACAAUUUUUCGUUGAGUACUAUUGAUUCUACAUAUUCUAAUCAAAACAAUUUAGAGAAAAAAUUUGGAUCCAAAUUUAUAGAUCCUCAUCAUCAUAAUGUGAGAAAGGAAGCUGUGAUGGAUGCACCUUCUCAAAAUAAUAUAGAUUAUAUGGAUGAAAAAAAAAAAUUAGUUCAUAUAGAAAAAAUAGAAAAUAAAUAUAACAUGAUGACAAAUGAUACUAAUAAUAGUGAUAUUAAAAAUAAUGAUACAAAAAAAAUAAAAAAUAAUAAUAAUAUUAAUAAUAGUAGUAUAGCUGGUGGUGUCAUGGGCAUAGAUAAAAAUAAUGGUAACUUGGUAGCUAUGGAAUAUGCACACUUAUCUGAAUAUGAAUAUGAAAAUGCAAUAAAAAAGAAUUAUAAACAAUCUUUUAAAAAAGAUCAUAUGAUUCAUAUGGAUAAACAUCGAUAUAUAGAUAAAGGAGACGUAGGUGUAGUUAUGUCUAAAAAUUAUGAAUAUAAUAAAAAGGAAGGUACCAAAAAAAUUAUGCCACAAGAAUAUGUUAAUGAUAUAAAUGAUAAUAUACAUAUAACAAAUAAUAUUCCUUAUGGUAUUAGAAAAGAAAUUCUAAUCAAUGAUAACAACAACAAUAAUAAUAAUAAUAAUAAUAAUAAAUUACAACAAGAUAAAAUUAUCAUAAAUAAUAUGAUGAGAGAUAAUAAAGGUAAUAUGAACAAAAAUCUUCCUCAUUUUGGUAGCUCACCAAAAUAUGAUGAAAGUCAAUUAAGAAGACAAGCAAUAAAAAAUGCAGAUAAAAUGGAUAUGAAUUAUAAAAAUAAGAAUACUAUAAAUUAUGAUAAUAACGAUAUGAUGGUAAUAAAAUAUAAUAAUUCAAAUGAAGAAGUACAUGGAAUGUAUCAAUUAGAUGAGGCGUAUGAAAAUAAUAAUUUAUAUGAUAAUAUGAAAGGUGAUGUAAAUAUGGAUAAACAAUAUAUUAUGAGAAAUGAGAAAAAUUUAUAUAAUAAAAAAGUGAAUUUUAAAUUUAUGAAUGAUAGGAAUAUGAAAAGAGCAUGUCAUGAGAAUCUAAUAAAUCCUUUAAAAGAAGGUUAUAAAAAUAAUGAUUAUUCGGCAUAUGCUUAUAAAAAUUAUCCGUCAGAACUUUAUUCUAAUAUGGAUAAUACUCCAGAAAGGCAUGAAGCUUAUGAUGCAUAUCGAGGAGAUCUUUAUUUAAAUGCUCAAUAUUCUGAUAUGGAAAAGCAUGAAGAUAUGAGGAACUAUCAAAAUGGCUACCCCUAUGAUACUCAAAAUGAAAAAGGAGCUCUGACGAUUAUACGACUUCCUGCAGAGAAUAAGAAACAAGUAAAAAAAAAAAAAAAAAAAAGUGUAGAAGAUAGUCGAAAGUCAUUAGUAGAUAUGUAUAGUUCAGCUAUUCCAAUUAGUGAUAAUGUCGAUCCUAAUGUAUUAAAGGCUUUAUCAAAAAAUGAAAAUUUAGAUGAAAAGGUUUAUGCAUUAAUACCUAAAUCAGUAGUAGAAAUAAAUGAAUUUGAUGAAAUUACACAUGUAACUUUAAAAUCACCAUCUCCACUUUUUGUUAAUCAGAAUAUGAAUGUAAAACAACAUAUUGUUACAACAAAUUAUUAUAAGCAUGAGGACAUUCCGAACAUUGCUUCAUGUGUAGUUCCAUUAUCUGAUGAAUCAUUAAAGGAAUCUUUAGAAAAAUCAAAAGAAUCCUUAAGUGGCGGAGAAAACGACAAAAAUCUCAAAUCCAUUAUCAGGGGAAACUCUCUUAGAAAUAAGAAUGGCUCGUCACUGAGUGUCAAAUUUAGACUGUCAGACAAUGAAGAAAAAAACAUGCAAACAGAAAAAGAUGAUUCUGUUGAAAAGAUGAAAGAAUUAAAUAAAAAAAUAGAGGAGCAUAUAUUAUCUGAUGAAUUGAAGAAUUUAAAGAUCGAUAGAGAUGUAACAGAAAGAAAAAGAGCAUCCAUAUUUGAUGAUUCCAAAGCAAAACCAAGAAAUGAAAAGAAAAAUGAAACAAAUAACAAAAUAGUGUUAGAUUCAAAUAAAGUAAAGAAAGCAACCGAAAUUAAAUUAAAGAAAAUUCAACAUGUUACAGGAUUAUUAGAAAAAUAUGAUAUACCUAAUCCUUUUGAGAAAUAUUAUAAGGAUUCUAUAGAUUAUUCUCAGUUAAUGGGCCAAAAUAAUAAUGCAAAGCUUUUGAAUUUAGCAUUGACGGUGUCAAAUAAUUAUUACAAGUUCAUCGUUAAAAGUUUGGAGAGAGCUGAAAUUAAAGAAGUGUUUAAUGAGAAGAGAAAGAAAAUGAUGUUGAAAUUAAUAGCUUUAUUAGGAAAUCAAAUAAAUAAUGAGAUAAAGAAGAAAUUUUUUGAGGCAAAUGCAAUGGAACCAUCGAAGGAAGAGGAAUUGAAGAAAGAAUAUGAUGUAAAGUCCAAAAUGAGCGAUAAAGAAAAAGAAAUAAAAAUUGAAGAACAUAAUUUAAUAUGCCAAUAUUGGGAAAAACAAAGUGAAUGUAUGAGUAUGCUAAUAGAUGAGUGGAAUAAAAUUUCAGAUAUACUUGAAUCCAUCAAUAUUGAUCCCAAUAAUAUUAUGAGUUCUUUAUUAUCAUUAUAUGGAGAAAAAACAGUUAACGAUUUUCAUCUAUCUCUUGAAGAAAUAAAAAAAGCUAAUGUUGAAUUAAAUGUAAAUACUGAUGAUAUAACAAUACCAGAAAUUAAUGAUGCAGAAAUAAAUAAGUUUGAUCCUUCGAAUAUGACCAUACUAAAUUUAAUAGAGGAUAUAAAUUGGGAUAUGGAUUUGGAAUAUUCAAUUAACCAAAUUAGAGAAGACUGGAAAAAUGAAAAUAAACAAAAUAAAAAAAUUAUACAAAAGAAGAUUAUUGAGGGUAUUAAACACAGAAUAGGAUUACUAGAUUACCUGAACAAAGUAGAAAUAAACUUAAACGCCUUUGCAAAAAUUAUCGAAGGAAGAAUGAUAUCAAAUGAUGACGUUAAAAGUCAAUUAUUAUCUAUGCAAGAUAUGAGUGAAGAAGGUUUACUUUCAAAACUUUUAGAAAAUUUGAAAUGUAAUAAAAUGGAUAUAAAUGCUGAAUCUUUUAAAACACCAACUUCUUUUUUUGUUUCUCAUCACUUACCUAUGACAGUAUGUUCAUAUAGUGACAAUUCAAAUAUUGAUGAAUUAAAAGAUAUGAAUGAAACUAAUAGUAAUGGUGAUAUUAAAGAUGAUGAAAAAAAAAUUCCUGAUGAAAAUGAUGCCAUAGAUAAUGAAAAUAAAAAUGAAGAGAAGGAUUAA